AUGAAGCUUCGCCCCACCGCCACCACUGUGGCUCUCCUCCUCUUCCUCCUCUUAGCAUCCUCGUCUCUGCGUGCCGCCAUGGCUGGAUCAGCGUUCUGCGACAGCAAGUGCAGGGUGAGGUGCUCCAAGGCGGGGCGGCACGACGACUGCCUCAAGUACUGCGGGAUAUGCUGCGCCCAGUGCAACUGCGUGCCAUCGGGGACCGCCGGCAACAAGAACGAGUGCCCCUGCUACCGCGACAAGACCACCGGCCAAGGCGCGCGCAAGAGGCCCAAGUGCCCAUGAUCCACCACCACCCUCCGCCGCCCAUGGCGUCUACACGCCAUAUGCCUGAACUGGAUGCAUCCCUAGCUAACAUGUCGUACUAUGCCGCGGAUCAUAGCAUAUGCGUGUAAAUCAUGAUCUGGA